UUUACAACAUCCCCAAAAAAUAGUACCUAUAUUGAUAGCGGAAGGACGACGUUACAAGUUUGCUGCAAUCACACUUUCCUAGAUCAAACACCCUUACCUCUAUUGAGAUAAGAGUAGGAGAACAAACGACUUUGACAUCAUCAGAAACAGAAAAUAGUUUGUUCACAGCGAAUUUCUCACCCUUAGCUGCCCCUAUCGUCACCCAACAUGAGAUUGAGCCACUGAGCAGUGAGCAUCCCUCUGAUUUCUCUGCGCAGUUGAUAUUACAUCAAAAUAUAAAGGAAACAGAACCACUAUGAAAAGAAUAACACAGGAAUAGACUUCUUUCUUCAAAAGAAGUCUAUGCAAACACACCCUCUACUCAACCCCGUGUAUUUAGUUGCGCCUAGAGUAGCAAACAGGCAUCAGGACUCGUAAUUGCGUGACCAAAAAAACACACCGAUAAAUUUCCCCAAAUGCGCGAAUUUAGAUAAAGUAUGUUAACGAGAGACCAUCCCAAUUUGACCCAUUUUCGCACAAAAACAUUUCAAAAUAAGUAAAUUGAACGGUCAUCGUACGACGAACACAAAAUCAAUUUAGCUCAUCACAUCGGCGCAAUUAUUUAAUUCGUUUUGAAAGUAAAACAUUUCCCGUACACGAAUACGAUUUUACCAGAAGCGGGACGUGGUGCUUAAUUAAUUAGGCCGCGCGAUUUGUAAAUAUUGGACGAGUGCGCGACGUGUUUACGAAAAUGUCGCUAUAACAACAACAAGGCCUUUUUAUUGUUGGUAUAUAGGUCACGAAGGGUUGGAAUAAUCAACUGCGUUGUACUUCACAUUAUUGUCUGUUGGGGGUUCGAAGUGGACGCAGUCUCUUCCUGGUUCUGUGCCGGAACUUUCGCUUUUCCACGAUGAAGUCGUGCGGGAUGUCGCUGAUUAAGUACUUGCUGUUUUUUUUCAAUUUGAUUUUUGCAAUUUCCGGGAUUGGGAUUAUAACGGCCGGAGCGCUCGUUCUGGCGGACGUUGGCGAAUUUAAUCAGUUUAUGGAGGGAAGGCUUUUGGCGGGACCUGUUGUACUCAUCGUCGCCGGUUCGAUUAUAUUUAUGAUCGCCUUUCUGGGAUGCUUUGGCGCAAUACGCGAAUCCUAUGGACUACUUAUGGCCUUUGCGAUAUGUCUGCUGAUCAUCUUCAUCAUCGAACUAGCGGUGGGUAUUGCGGCGGCCGUUUUCAAAGGUGACUUCGAGACUGCACUGCGCAACACCCUAGAAUCUUCGAUGAAGAACUACAACAACAACGGAUCGGCGAAGAAUAGCUGGGAUACGUUACACACAAAGCUAAAGUGUUGCGGAAUCGACAAGUCGGAAGACUGGAAAUCCGUUCCUCUGGCGGUACCCAGCUCGUGCUGCAAGGAUAAAAGUAAGGCUCCGGUGUGCGAGUACUACGAGAAGGGAUGCCUGCUAACAUUGCAGGCGAAGGUCAAGGACCACGCGACCGUUCUGAUUGGCGUCGGCAUCGGAAUCGCUUUUGUGCAGGUACUGGGAAUUGCGCUCUCGUGCCUCCUGGCGGCGAGCAUCAAAAGCGAACGCGUUAAAAAUUAACGCAUCCGAACUUUUGUAAAUUUUUACUCAGAAUAUUAGCAAAAAAGAAACGCUGUUCUGUUUUAAUGUUGGGCACUCACUCCUGCAACGUUCAAAUAACAAUUAUUACCUGCCAACAUUGAAAGAGUAUACUGUUAUUUUAUUACUAAAUAUGCUACUGUUUAAAGACUUUUUCACUUGUUAAUGACUACAAAAUGUACUUUUUUCAAGCACGACCGAUCAACGAGUAAGUUUGCUCUUGAUACAGUGAUCAUUUUUUCAAUUUUGUCUUCCUCAUAUAUAUUUUUAAGAGGUUUAUUACGCACAAUAGUCAUCUUACGAACCAUACCAAAUUUUAAAUAUUUUUUGUGAGUUUCAUUUAAAUGUCUGUACCAUCACUUACAAAUUGUCUUUAAAUAAAGUGUGUGUUUUUAUCUGCAUCGUUUUCAAUAGC